GGAUACUGUUGUCAAAUAUUUGGCAUAUAUUGAUAUUUCAGUAGAAUAACAGCUCUGCAAAUCAUACAAAAGCCCGCUGGCUAUAAAACAGCUCGUAAUCCACUAGGCAAUCGAAAAUGGCUGGUUGGAGUAUUCUUCGGAAAGAGUUUCGUCUUGUUCAGUUCCGUUUGCUUUAUCCAAAUUCAGCGGACUUCGCAGAAUCGCCGGUAAGUUUCAGUACUGAGGCAUUUACUUUUGACUGCGAUGACACAGCAUUACUGUCAGUCUACUAGUAUUUUACUAAACGCUAAAUUUUUGUUCAAGUUUUCUUAGACUCUGAAGGUGACUCGCACCGUACAGGUGUACACACCAGAUUAACGACAGUUCUAUUCAGAACUACACUCACCCAGGCGAUUCAAAGUACCCACUUUCGUGACAUGAUUCAGUUGGCUCAAACAAUUUACUUUGUGAUUCUUUAGGUUAGUGUUCUAGGUUUCGAUGUAAUCCUUUGCAUGACAUUUGAACUUCUCGCUAUUUUUUUUCGUGUAAUCACGGACAAACCGACGCCCCUGCUUGUACUGGGUAAUGUCGUUGUAGAGUCACUGAAUUAUACAACGAAAGCUGAAACAGACUGCGUACAAAUUAAGAAUUUCUGCAGUAACAGUAUAAUGACAGUAAUUUAGAAGAAAGCUAUGAUCGGACUACCGUCGAACAUGGCAAAAACGGAAUAUUGUAGAUAAGAGUUCAGAGAGAUUAGAGCCGGGUUGAAUAGGUCCUAAACAGACCUCUAUUCAUAGCAGCCAUCGGCAAAAUACAAGAAUUGAAAAAUCGGAAAUGUAAACAAACGAAAAUUCAAAUACAUGAAAAUUUAUCACGCUCCAGCAGACAAAAACAAAUAUCAAGCCUUCAGUCGAAAGUUGACAGGAGCCGAGUCUAGCUUUUUCAACCAGCCUAAGUCAAAAAGCCAACUUCUAAAUUUCCUCCGUGGUUCCAGUUCAUUCCCUUUCUUGAUACCCCCAAGUUUUAAUUUCGCGAACUCGUGUAUGGGAAGCAUUGUAAUUCUUGGUUCUCAAAAGGAGGCUAAGGUAAAUUAUUGCUUUGCCAAGGGUUUUAAGCUUCACUGAAGCUUAGCUCAAUCGGUAGAGACCUUGCCUGGAGAGUGGGCCGCCGAAGGUCCCGGUCGCGAUCCCUGCCGAAUCGCUGGGACCAGACCAACAGUCAUAAGUAUCAACUGAGAAGUGAGGGCACGACUGCCUUUUCGAGUCUUUGCUCUCGCAAAAGGUUAGACUUUCGCGUGGCUCAGAUAAUGGCGGUCCUGUCCCCAUAAGGAGAUCUAAAAAUAGUCAGUUCUCAAUUAGUACUUUCGCGCUAAUUUAGCUAUUAAGGCGGCGUUUAAACCUCCAAAUCUCUUUCUUAGGGGGUUAAUUUAAGAAAAUAAGUGCUUUUCCAGUCUACGCUAUAUGCUUUUUUGAAAUUGUUUACGAUAAACGGUGUUUAGAUAAAAGCGUUUGGACAAACUGAAAAUGGCUUAGAACGCGGUUUUGUCAAACACGGGCUAGACUCUGUUGAAAUAACUGGCCCAGUUCUUUUAACGGCUUAUCACCUAAAGGCACGUCCUUUAUAUCAGCCUUUCACAAAAAAUACCCCUUUCAACCAUAUACCUAAACACAGAAACACUUAAGCAAACUUUCAGUUUACUUGACCUUUUAUAUUUAUUGACCUUUUUAAAACCUCUUAUAAUGGACCCGCCAUUCUGUCACUUCGAGAUACGAGAAACCUCAUUGAAAUGCCCAAUCUUUUAUAUACCACUAGUUACUAUAUUUACAUUUUACCCUACAUUUAGAUUUUUUAUUAUACCACUAAUGUUAUUGAUUUUUCCAUAUGCUUGUAAUACCUGAUGUUUGUAUUACCGUGUAUAAAUAAGUCAAGUAAAGGUAAAGAAAGUAAUGAUGAUGGUGGCGGUGACGAAAAUGAUGAUGAACUAGCUCACAGGGUACCCCGUUUGGCUGGAGCAUCCAGCUAUAGUCCGGCAUUAUAGAAAACACCCCCUCCCCCGCCGCCACCGGGUAAUACUCCCUAUAUUGGCCUAACAGUUUUUGGAAAGGAUAUAGUAAUUCAUAGCACUGCCUUAUUCCUCCUCUUCCGCCCGGAUAAAAAAGGUUAUAAAGGUUAACUUCACAAACCCGUUCCACGUAAGUCGACAUAAGCAGUCGGUUUUAGUGGGUAAACCGCAUUAUUACUGAUUUACUGUAGUGGCUGAGUCACUGCAGUAAACUAGGUAAAAUAUCGUGAUUCAGCUUGUUUCAGUUUUCCACACGAGUAGGCAAGGUAUUCCUAAUAUCACGAGAUAUUAAUAAACUUAACCAGGAGCGGCCUGAAUUAACUUGCCGGGUAUUUGAUAUAAAAACUGACAAGUAGUGCGAUAUAUGCGGAUUUAUGAAGUGAGGAGAAUAUAGAGUCGAGUAGAAAACGAGGAGGAUCAGGAAAAGUGAAAUUCUAGCAAUUUUCUAAAAAGUAGUACUCAGUGGCCCGCCAGCAAGCUCUCCUGGGGUUUUCCCUCCUUUUUUGCGCCGCCGCCAGAGCGCCCCGGGAGAGACGCAGUUCUCGCAGGCUAAGAAAGGAGAGACCCAGGGCAUAUUGCAUUUUGUUCGUGUAUUAAUAAAUUGAAUACAAAUCGCCUUGUUGGUUUUAUUUGUUUACUCCCUCUUAGCCUCUGAGCUCCCCUGGUUUGAACUUAUCAUCAUUAAAGCUCGACUACAUAUCUCAGUAUUAAUUAACCAACUGCCUUUUUUCCAGUGGUUUGGUGUGCUGUACGUUCUUCUCUAUCGGUUCUUCAUUGCUGUCUUCUGUACAUGCGCAACUAUAUGGAGCGGGUUUUAUUACCGUCACACUGGCGCCAAGUGGUUUAUCUACCUCACAAACUGGAGCUUCUUUUGUGUUACUGUGUACUUCAUUUGCGCCACGAUAGUCACAGGCCUUCACUACAAAAACCAACUCAAGCAGCUGGUCAAUACUGCCAACGACCAAAAGGACAUUAAAAAUGGCGUGGAAAUGUCUGCCAAGAAUGAAGACAACAAAAAAAGCGCAUGCGAGCAAGGCAGUAACUUGGUAACCACUCCUGGCGAUGGCGAAAGUGAAAUAGGUUUCACUGGUUACGUCCUUGGAGCAUCACAGGACACCCCGAUGAGAUGGUUUCACCAAGCAUUAUGGGUAAUUUACAACAUCGCAGUAGUAGCAGCCGUUUUGGUCACUAUUACUUUCUGGUCUUUGAUCUACGCAUCAUUCGGAGGAGGGAGAAGUCCGAUCUCUGUUGUUUUCCACGCAGUUAAUUCAGUUGUUAUGGUCGCUGACACCAUGCUCAGCUCGAUUCCUGUUCGCUUAUAUCAUUUUGUUUAUCCGAUGUUAUACAGUAUAACUUACAUUUCAUUUACAGUGAUAUACUGGGCGUGUGGUGGAAUAAGUUCGCAUGGGAACACAUAUAUCUAUCCCCAGACCGAUUACUCUAGACCAGUUUUCUCAGCCAUAUCACUGGCAUGCCUGGUGUUAAUUGCUCUUCCCUUGUGUCAUAGUUUGGUGUUCGGCUUGUACUGCCUACGGGUUUGGAUCAAAACAAAGUGUAAUAAAAAAGCGUAAUCCAAAGGAAUACGCAAACGUCUUAAGUUGCCUUCUCUUGGGCUAGAAUAACUUAUCUUGCGCGUUGGGCUUGAUUUCCACUGUCCGGUCAGGUUUCCCUUAGCGGCUAGGGGUUAAUCGAGCCUUCGAGCGCAAAGCCAUGUGUAAAAAAGUUAAGGUGCAUGAAAAGUCAUAAAAGCGAAGAUAGGUUAUAGAGAAUUGUGUAACAUUUUUUUUAUUGUUUAUUGUAUUUAAAGGCGUAUUCUUGCCGAACGUUACUGUGUUACUGCUUGUUAUUAAAUAAACGUCGCAUUACCUUACCUGCGGUAAACUGUCGCCCUUUACCUUAGAAGGGGCAUUUCGAACGAUUUUGAAGGAUCCGCUAACCAGCAAACUAAAAACGCGUCCUUCAAAGCGCUCAAAAUUUCUGGUGGAAAAGACACUUCUGUGGUCUACAGUUAUAAUAACGCUCUUCAUGCUUUUACGUUUUAAGUUUUUUUUGAACUGCAAAAGGUUAGCAAAGGGCAAAGCUGCUUCAAACUUACGAAGGAACUUUUCGUCCCAUGUAACGGAAUUCGGAUUUCGGAUUGAAAUUUUUGCUCGUGGAAUCCGGAACCACGGAAUAUUUUGCUUAUGGAAUCAGGAAUCCUGCACUUUAGAACCCGGAAUAGCUCAAGAAAACCAGAAUCCCACUAACGUUUGGCAUCCAGAAACCACGUUCCACUAACAAAGACUGGAAUCCGAAACAGAGAAUCCGGAAUCCAUAGCGUUGAAUCCAGAAUUCAAGUCUGUUUAGACUGUCUUGAAUUCCCUUUCAUGGGCUGAGAAUUUGCUUUGCUUGCGGAUGCAUUCUCAUACAUUAUAGCAACUGGGUUAUCUUUGAAGAUCACAUAUUCAAUUUGGGCACGGUCGAACACCCGGUCUAACUAUGCUCUGUACGAGAUAAAAUAGGCGUUAAUAAAUAAUGACUGCUUGUGGUUAUAUAUACCUAAUUGCUUUGGCAAUUAGUUGGGCACUGGGCCUUUUGGCAUAUGAAACUCACUGCAAUAAUUUGCUUGAGUGCCUGCCAACCAAGCUUCCCUGUGGGCAAAACCCUACGCCCAAACAAAACUUUAUUGGUAUAUUAUAUCUGGUAAACUCUCAGCUAGUAAGAAGUUAAAGUAAAAGUAAUCGUCACAUGAUCUCUGAGAUUUCCCUCGUUCAGGUCACUAUUAAAUUUUCUUACGGAUUAGGUUCACUCGAAAUUCUCUCUCUGCACAAGAGCAAUUAAAAAAUAUCAAAUAUUACCGCUAGGAAUAAAGUUAUGGUACUAACUAAUUCAAAAUAUCAUAAGAGUACAUAUGUUUGUAUCCAAUUUUGGCGCAUUUGGCUGAACGUUUUUGUGAGAAUUUUUAUCGGGUUUAAGACGAUAAAAAUGGUGUCAGACGUCAUUAAAAAAUGUUUGGUACGUUUGCAACUGCGACCUACUGUUAGGACUCACUGCUACAUCAGC